AUGGACCACGCCGAUUCACAAAGCGCUAUUUCCACGAAUUCGACAACAACGAGCUCUUCAAAAUAUGAAUCACCAGACGAAACAUCUUUGGAACAACAACUCUUGUGUGAGACAAAAGUGAGUUGUACACGGAAACUUUUAACAAUAAAAGUUGCCAUGCCAGGAGGAAUAUCCAUUGAAUGAGUACCUUCUCGAAGGAAUUCAUCAAGAAUCUGCGCAAAGAAGUAUUCUCCUGAGCCGACAAUCCUUCAGUUGCUCCUUCGGAUUCGCUCUUCAAUCUUACGUAUUCAAAAGAGCAUCUUCGAACAGCUACGAGCGCAUUACCUACGUGGAUUACGUCUCAACGGACAGUCCUGCCGAUCGGUGCGGAGUUGUCAGAGGUAUAUUUAAAAUACUUAAUUUGUUUUCAUUUUUUCUUUAAAAAACCAUUUCAGGUGAUAUGGUUGUCGCUGUAAACGAGAAAAGCGUGGUGACUGCUUCGCAUGCAGAAAUUGUGGAUUCGAUAGCCCAGUGUCUGCAAGUAAGUCUUGUUCUCGUGUUCAAAGAUGUCGCCCGGAUUGUCGAGUUGAGCAUGCGCUCUAUCCAACUCCGGUUUAUGCUUGAUAUGAAGAUGCGCGAGUUGAAGUCGUUGGAGGAGAAAGAGAAAGAGUUGGAGGAGUUGCACGGUGAAGAAGAACGUAAGUAUCGUCUUUUCUCGGUUUGAAACACCCGAAAUUAGUUGCAGAUAUUGAAAAUGAAGACGAAGAGAGCACACUGUAUGAAUUAGACGAGGAACUGAAGAAUGUGCAGAGCACACAAAAAGCGGAGCCAAACGGAACCGACUACCGUCACUUGAUUCGCAUAAACAGCAGCACGUCGGUCGGAACGCCGCAGGUCACUCGUCUGUAG